AUGCUCUCACCCACCGCCAACUCGCCUUUCCUACGCAACACAAACAACAGCAAUGGCAGUAACAACAGCAGCGCUAAUAACAGUUCAUCUCUUUUAAAAUCCCAUUGCGGCGGCAUGCGCACACCGUACAACAGCAAUGGCAGUGCUAGUGCUAGCAACAGCAGCAACAACAACAGCAACAGCACCUUAAGCGGCAACCAACAUGCUGGACGUCAUGGUAAAUACGCGAGCUACUUGCAACAACAACAACAGCAACGUUUGAUAAUGCAACAACAUCAACAGCAGCAACAGAAAGAACAACACGAGCUGAGCAGCAACUAUUUGAAUGCCGUCGAUUGCAGCUUCAUUGCGCAAACAAGCCUCUAUGGAGGCGCCGCCAGUGGCGGUAGUGGCAAUCACACGCCCCAACAAACACAUCACCCAUACAGCCAUGUUGGUGCGGCCACCGGGGGUGGAUCAAAUCAUCACCACCACCAUACGCUCGCCCAUCAUAGCUUAGGUAUUAGCGCGAUGAGCCACGCCCACAAUGUGGGCAACGCCAUCAUAUCCAAGUGA